AGUGAUCUCUCGUUCCGCGGAAGAAAUGUACGGUCAGCACCAUGAAUCGCUCCUGCAAAUGUGGAGGAUAGCUCGGUCGAUUACGGAUGAUCUCCGUUGCUAUGACGCGAAGAUGCGGCGAGCUCUGGGCUUCGGCCUUGACAAAUGUGCUCAGCAAGGGGUGUUAGGUGUACAGCAAGCCAUGCUUAUCACUCUUUAUUACCACACAAUCUUGUUGACGUUUCGACCAUUCUUGAUAUUUCGCGGUCGAUGGCAGAGAGACGCGAAAUUGGCACCGCAUCGUGCUGCAAACGAGACGAGUAAGCGUCCGACUGAGGUUCCAGCAUGGCUCAACGACGCUUGCAACCACGCUCUCAGUGCUGCCUGCAGGACCAUACAUUUUCUAUACGAAGCGUCGAUUGUGAACGAUCUCGUGAGGGAACUCCGCUACCAUGGUUAUUUCCUCGGCAGCGCCUCGUUCGCUCUGAUAUACGACCUAAUGCACGGCGAAAACCUCGCCAGCACCCACCUUCCGUGGAUACACGCAACCCUGCAAUGUCUUUCAUCGAUACGGGCCGGCGAUCCGAUCCAAAGCACAAUCGGUGCUAUCGAGACGACCCUGAAAAAGAUCCAUCCCUCAUACGAAUGGGUGGCUCAUCCCGGCAUAAAGAAUCAGGGUCCUGUUAUUGACCCCGUCGCAAAUGAUGUUCGACCGCCUAGUAUGGCGGACCAGCAAGGAAGCAUCGUGGCGGAUGGGUCCCUAGCUGAUCCCGCUGCAGCUGGCCUACCGAUGCUGUCCGACUUUCAAGGCAAUUCGUUGCAAGAUGAUAUUCACCCUGCCAGUGUGGGAAGUGAAGAGCUUCUCGAUCUCACCAUGUCAGACAUGGGAUGGGAUAUUGACUUUUCGACGAUGGAUCUUGAAGCCUUUUUCUCCAUCAAUCCGACUAUGGGGGCGCCUGCUGUGUGAUAUACCACCCGUGCCGUUCUUAAUGAAAGCCAAGACUAGGAAAAGGCCCUGGAUGCGAUGGCUUUUCAGGGCCAGUCCAAACAAUCGGUCAGUAAUGCUUGGGUGUCUCAAGCCUCAACGCCACCGAACCAUUGAAACAGCCUCGGCUCGUCGUCUAGAUAAGCAAAAGAGGUUAGCGUCGCCUAACAAUCCAGAGCUACGGGCAGAUGCCGUUGCUGCCUUCAGAAAGGGAGUCGACUUCGAGCUUCUUUUGGUAAACUACUGCAUAGCAGGGAUGUUAACAUGGUGGCGACAGGUGGCAAAACCAUGCACAUCAGACCAUGCGGGCGUGGCCGACACAUGUGGGGAAUUUUCCGUGCUGCUAUUGAUUAUCCAUGCCUCGCCCAUGUCCGACCGAC